AAGUGGAUGAUGCAGUUGGAGAUGUGACAGCUGAAGUGGAUGAUGCAGCUGAAGAUGUUGCUGAUGCAGCUCUAGAUGUGACAGCUGAAGUGGAUGAUGCAGCUGAAGAUGUUGCUGAUGCAGCUGGAGAUAUGACAGCUGAUGUGGCUGAUGCAGCAGAAGAUGUUGCUGAUGCAGCUGGAGAUGUGACAGCUGAAGUGGAUGAUGCAGCUGAAGAUGUUGCUGAUGCAGUUGGAGAUGUGACAGCUGAAGUGGAUGAUGCAGUUGGAGAUGUGACAGCUGAUGUGGCUGAUGCAGCUGAAGAUGUUGCUGAUGCAGCUGGAGAUGUGACAGCUGAAGUGGAUGAUGCAGCUGAAGAUGUUGCUGAUGCAGCUGGAGAUGUGACAGCUGAAGUGGAUGAUGCAGUUGGAGAUGUGACAGCUGAUGUGGCUGAUGCAGCUGAAGAUGUUGCUGAUGCAGCUGGAGAUGUGACAGCUGAUGUGGCUGAUGCAGCAGAAGAUGUUGCUGAUGCAGCUGGAGAUGUGACAGCUGAAGUGGAUGAUGCAGUUGGAGAUGCGACAGCUGAUGUGGCUGAUGCAGCAGAAGAUGUUGCUGAUGCAGCUGGAGAUGUUACAGCUGAAGUGGAUGAUGCAGCAGAAGAUGUUGCUGAUGCAGCUGGAGAUGUGACAGCUGAAGUGGAUGAUGCAGCAGAAGAUGUUGCUGAUGCAGCUGCAGAUGUGACAGCUGAAGUGGAUGAUGCAGUUGGAGAUGUGACAGCUGAAGUGGAUGAUGCAGUUGGAGAUGUGACAGCUGAUGUGGCUGAUGCAGCAGAAGAUGUUGCUGAUGCAGCUGGAGAUGUGACAGCUGAUGUGGCUGAUGCAACUGGAGAUGUUGCUGAUGCAGCUGGAGAUGUGACAGCUGAUGUGGCUGAUGCAGCUGGAGAUGUGACAGCUGAAGUGGUUGAUGCAGCUGGAGAUGUUGCUGAUGCAGCUGGAGAUGUGACAGCUGAAGUGGAUGAUGCAGCUGGAGAUGUGACAGCUGAAGUGGUUGAUGCAGCUGGAGAUGUUGCUGAUGCAGCUGGAGAUGUGACAGCUGAUGUGGAUGAUGCAGCUGGAGAUGUUGCUGAUGCAGCUGGAGAUGUGACAGCUGAAGUGGUUGAUGCAGCUGGAGAUGUUGCUGAUGCAGCUGGAGAUGUGACAGCUGAAGUGGUUGAUGCAGCUGGAGAUGUUGCUGAUAUAGCUGGAUAUGUGACAGCUGAUGUGACUGAUGCAGUUGGAGAUGUGACAGCUGAUGUUGCUGAUGCAGCCGGAGAUGUGACAGAUGAUGUGGCUGAUGCAGUUGCUGAUGCAGCUGGAGAUGUAACAGCUGAUGUGAUAGAUGCAGCUGGAGAUGUGACAGUUGAUGUUGCUGAUGCAGCUGCAGAUGUGACAGCUGAUAUGACCGAUGCAGCUGGAGAUGUGACAGAUGAUGUGGCUGAUGCAGUUGCAGAUGCAGCUGAAGAUGUAACAGCUGAUGUGAUAGAUGCAGCUGGAGAUGUGGCUGAUGCAGUUGCUGAUGCAGCUGGAGAUGUAACAGCUGAUGAGAUAGAUGCAGCUGGAGAUGUGACAGCUGAUGUUGCUGAUGCUGCUGCAGAUGUGACAGCUGAUAUGACCGAUGCAGCUGGAGAUGUGACAGAUGAUGUGGCUGAUGGAGUUGCAGAUGCAGCUGAAGAUGUAACAGCUGAUGUGAUAAAUGCAGCUGGAGAUGUGACAGCUGACGUUGCUGAUGCAGCUGGAGAUGUGACAGCUGAUGUUGCUGAUGCAGCUGGAGAUGUGACAGCUGAUAUGAAUGAUGCAGCUGGAGAUGUGACAGCUGACAUGACUGUUGCAGCUGAAGAUAUCACAGAUGUUGCUGAUGCAGCUGGAGAUGUGACAUCUGACGUGACUGAUAUAGCUAGAGAUGUGACAGCUGAUGUAACAAAUGUAGCUGAAAAUUUUGCUGAUGCAGCUGGAGAUGUGACAGCUGAUGUGAUUGAUGCAGCUGGAGAUGUUGCUAAUGAAGCUGGAGAUAUGACAGCUGAUAUAACUAAUGCAGCUGAAGAUGUGGUGGCUGACUUGACUGAUGCAGCUGGAGUUGUUGCUGAUGCAGAUGGAGAUGUGACAGCUGAUUUAACUGAUGCAGCUGGAGAUGUGGCAGCUGACUUGACUGAUGUAGCUGGAGUUGUUGGUGAUACAGCUGUAGAUGUGACAGCUGAUGCUACAAAUGCAGCUGGAGAUGUUGCUGAUGGAGCUGGAGAUGUGACAGCUGAUGUGAUUGAUGCAGCUGGAGAUUUUGCAGAAGCAACUGAAGAUGUGACAAUUGAUUUUACAAAUGCAGCUGGAGAUGUGACAGCUGAUUUGGCUGAUGCAGCUGGAGAUGUGGUAACUGACUUAACUGAUGGAGCUGAAGACGUUACUGAUGCAGCUGGAGAUGUGACAGGUGAUAUUAUAAAUGCAGCUGGAGACGUGACAGCUGAUGUUACAAAUGCAGCUGGAGAUGUGACAGCUGAUUUGACUGAUGUAGCUGAAGACGUGGCAGCUGCUGUAAGUGAUGCAGCUGGAGAUGUGACAGUUGAUGUAAUUGAUGCAGCUGGAGAUGUUGCUGAUGCAGCUGGAGAUAUGACAGCUGAUGUCGUUGAUGCAACUAUAGAUAUGACCGCUGAUAUGGCCGAUGAAGCUGGAGAUGUGACAGCUGGUGUGACUGAUGCUGCUGAAGAGGUGACAGGUGACUUGGUAGAUGCAGCUGGAGAUGCAGCUAAUGCAGUUGGAGAUGUGGCAGCUGAUGUGACUGAUGCAGCUGGAGAUCUGACAACUGGUGUGGCUGAUGCAGCUGGAGAUUUGGCAGCUGAUGUGACGAAUGCAGCUGAAGAUGUGGCAGAGGAAGUAACAGAUGUAGGAGCAGCUGUGACAAAUGAGAUAAAUGCAGCUGGAGACAACUUUGAAAAUAUUCAUGAUGCAGCUGGAGAUAAGGUUGAAAAUAUAGUAGAUGCAGCUGGAGGUACAUUUGAAGAUAUAACUAAUGCAGCUGGAGAUAUGUCAGAUGCAGCUGGAGACAAAUUUGCCGAUAUGACAGAUGCAGCUGAAGAUAAGUUUGGAGACAUGACAGAUGCAGCUGGAGACAACCUUGGAGAUAUGACAGAUGCAGCUGGAGAUGCGAUAGCUAGCACAAGUAAUGCAGCUGGAGGUAUUGUUGAUGAUAUGAAAGGUACAGCUGGUAACAUGUUUGAAGGCAUUGAAGACACCGCUGGAGACAUGAAAGAUGCAGCUGGAAGUAUAAUUGCCAGUACUAGCCAUGCAUUUGGAAACAUAUUUGGAGAAGCGACAGAUGCAGCUGGAAAUGUGACACCAGGUAUAACAGAUGCAGCUGCAACAGAUUCAGCUGAAGCGGUUCAAGGGAUCUCUGCAGCGGUACCUUUGGGCGACACAGCGGACUCUUCAGCAGCUGACAGAAGGCAGGAAGAGGGGGUUGAGGAGAGCCAGGGGCAGACAGACGACGAGGCUGAUGUUGUACAGACGUCUACUACAGCUGACGGCACGGCGGCACAGGAGAGGGAACACUUAGCACCACGGGAGGGAGACACCAGCGCCUGCCAAGAGGAGGAGGACGCCCCACCACCAGAUGCCGGGCAGGGAAGGGACGAGGGACAAGAAGAGCAGGACCUCAAUCUAGACAAAGCUGCCACACAGAUCCAGGCUUUGUACCGAGGCUUUAAAACAAGGAAAGAUCUUAAGUCAAAACUUGAGGCCAAUGAGAAAUUAGACACUGAUGACUCGUUAGCUGAGAAAUCUGCAGUAGUGAUUCAGUCAUCUUACCGAGGCUACAAGACCAGAAAGGAAUUACAAAGGCCCGCCACAGACCAAGUCCAGGCGCGAGAUGAAAGCGAGGAAAUAGAUAUUGACCUGAAUGAUCCUGAGGUGGAGAAGGCCGCCACCAGGAUCCAGUCAUCCUAUCGAGGCUUCAAAACAAGGAAGGAGAUUAAAAAACCAGACACAGAGGAGGCUGAACCACAGAAAGAGAAUGAAGAGGAAGAAAUAGACAUUGACCUGAAUGACCCUGAAGUGGAGAAGGCCGCCACCAGGAUCCAGUCAUCCUAUCGAGGCUUUAAAACAAGGAAGGAGCUUCAGAAACCAGACACAGAGGAAGCUGAACCACAGAAAGAGAACGAGGAGGAAGAAAUAGACAUUGAUUUGAACGAUCCUGAGGUGGAGAAGGCUGCCACCAGAAUACAAUCCUCCUAUCGAGGCUUCAAGACAAGGAAGGAGAUUCACGCUUCUAAACCCAGUGAAGCCGACCUCACCGACACUGAACUUCAGAAGGCGGCAAUAAGAAUCCAGGCGUUGUAUCGAGGCUUCAGAACACGGAAAAAGUUUAAAUCUCCUCAACAAGACACUGCUCCCGAGGACACCGCGCUGCAGGAGGCCGCCACGAAGAUCCAAGCCCUGUACAGAGGAUUCAAAACACGCAAGAAACUAAAAGAUCCAACUCAGAAUGUAUCACAACACGACAUUUGUCUUGACGACCCACAAACUCAGAAAGCCGCCACGACCAUCCAGGCAUCGUACCGAGGCUUCAAGACAAGGAAGGAACUUAAGGCUUCAAAAGCUGACAAAAAUGAUGAAGCAAAAGAAGAAGAGGAGGAGGAGAUAGACAUUGACCUGAAUGACCCUGAGGUGGAGAAGGCCGCCACGGCCAUCCAGUCAUCCUACCGAGGCUUCAAGGCAAGGAAAGAGCUUCAUGCUUCAAAUGUAGACGAAACUGAAGAACAAAAAGAAGCAAAAGAAGAAGAGGAAGAGGAGAUAGACAUUGAUCUGAACGAUCCUGAGGUAGAGAAGGCUGCCACGGCCAUCCAGUCAUCCUACCGGGGCUUCAAGGCAAGGAAAGAGCUUCGUGCUUCAAAUGCUGAUGAAGCCAAGGAACAAGAGGAAGAGAAAAAAGAGGAAGAGGAGAUAGACAUUGACUUGAACGACCCUGAGGUGGAGAAGGCCGCCACCAUGAUCCAGUCAUCCUACCGAGGCUUCAGAAGCAGAAAGGAAACCAAAAGUUGUCAGCCGGACGAGGCAGAGACAGGGCAAGACAGUGGUGCGAUGGAGUCUGACAUGCACAAGGCCGCCACGCUGAUCCAGGCUUUGUUCAAAGGCUUCCUCACCAGGAAGAAGCUGAGAACUCAAGAUCAAAAGGAAAUCUGGAGGAGGAAGAUUUGA